AUUACGCUCUUGUCGAAAGCCAUGAGUGUGGUAGGUGUGAUAUAUUGGUUAGCGGAAGCUUCUUCUUGGUCAGUCAAUGCAAAAUAUCUUAGUUUCGAAGUUUCCCAGAAAGCAGCUUUUGCAAUUUGCUUGGUAAGAAAUUCUUAGCCUCCUAUUGACUCAGAAUCGGUUUCUUCCUCAUAUAAUGAGCAUUUUUAUUUGGGUUUUUCAUACUGCUAUGUUCUUCUCUUGUCUUUAAGUUUUGAUUGCAAUUAUUACUAGUUAGUUUUCGGAUUUUCCGGUGUCGGGUUUUGUUUGAGAGAAGCUGCAAUGGUAGGAGUUGGGGAGAUUAUUGCAGGUGUUGCUCUGGGACCAGUGUUUACUCUGCUGUAUGAUGCUGUUAAGGAUGUCAAGGACAAGACUAUGAUGUUUAGAGAGCUCCUCGGAGAUCUCGAUUCCACGCUAGAAGCGUUAAAGCCGCUGAUCGAUGACAUUGCGAAGUACAACGCGGUGUUGGCUCAAUCAAACAUGCAAGUUGAAAAAAUUGAGAAACUAAUGGAGGAUGGGAAAGUGUUAGUUCUCAAGUGCUCCAAGCCUAGCCGGUGGAAAGGCUUCAAAAAGUACAAAUACACCAAGCAACUUCUCAGUUUGGACAAGUGUCUAAACAGGUUGUUGACGGUACUGAUUGUGGAGGGAAUAAGGAAUGGGGUGGAGACCUUGGCUGUUUCGAGGGAGAACUUGGCUCUUUUAAGGGAGAUAGCUGGUGUUGUGAGGGAGAAAUUGGCUGUUUCAAGGGAGACAUUUGGUGUUGCGACGGAGAACUUGGCUGUUUCAAGGGAGACAUUUGGUGUUGCGACGGAGAGCUUGGCUGUUUCAGGGGAGACGUUUGGUGUUGCGACGGAGAACUUGACUGUUUCAAGGGAGACAUUUGGUGUUGCGAGGGGGAACUUGGCUGUUUCAAGGGAGACAUUUGGUGUUGCGACGGAGAACUUGGCUGUUUCAGGGGAGACAUUUGGUGUUGCGACGGAGAACUUGGCUGUUUCAAGGGAGACAUCUGGUGUUUCGAUCAAGACCUUGGCUGUGUCGGAGGAGAUCUUGGCUGCUGUCCACCAAAUUGGUUCGGUUGGAAGCAAAGAGAAUGUUGUGAUACAAAAUCAAGAAGGAUUUCAUGAUUUGGUUUCAGUUCCAGAACCUCCACGUGUUACAGUUGGAUUGGAUGAGCCUUUGAGGCAUAUAAGGAAGAAGCUUCUUGAGGGCGAUUUCUCAAUGUUAGUGCUGACUGCUACGGGAGGAUGCGGGAAAACCACAUUGGCCUCGAAAUUCUGUCAAGAUGAGAAAGUCAGAGAUAAAUUCAAGAAAAAUAUCUUCUUUGUCACCGUUUCUAAAGAGCCCAACUUAGAUGUUCUACAAGAGCUAUAUCAACGCAUGUCUCAGGAAGCAGGACAAGAUCCUAUACUGUUGGUCCUGGAUGAUGUUUGGUUCGAAUCCAAAUCUCUUCUUCAGAAGUUUGAUGAAUUGAAAUCACGAAAUUACAAGAUCUUGGUGACAUCGAGAUCUGAAUUUCCAGGAUUUGGCACUCCGUAUAAUCUCAAAGCUUUGAAUGAUGAAGAUUCAAUGACUCUUUUGCGUCAUUCAGCAUCCCUGGGAGAUCGCUUGUCUGUUCCAGAAGAUCUUCUGAGAAAGAUACUAAAGCACUGUAAGAGAGUUCCCUUUGCCAUUACAGUGACUGGGAAAUCACUUCGCGGACAAGCUACAGAAUUCUGGCGUUCAAGACUAGCAGACUGGUCUAGAGGUUCUAUUCUUGAUUCUGAGACUGAGUUGUUUCUUUGCCUUCAAAGUAGCAUAGAUACCUUAGAAGUUAUCAUCAAGGAAUGUUUCACGGACCUUGCUUCAUUUCCUAAAGAUCAAAGAAUCUCUGCUGCUGCUUUCAUUGAUAUGUGGGCAGAGUUAUAUAAGCUAGAUGAGGACUUUCUGUCCGUGAAGAACCUCCACGAACUCGCCAGCAGAGGUCUGGCAAAUCUAGUGAUCACUAGGAAGGAGAAUAUAGAGAUUCUGGAUGACUACUACAUCGAACACUUUGUUAGCCAGCAUGAUAUGCUUAGAGAGCUGGCUAUCUACAAUGCAAAACUAGAUCCAAUAGAAGAUAGAAAAAGACUGAUUGUCGUAAGUGGACACAAUCAACCCAAGUGGUUGACGAAGGAGAAGCCUCAACCCAUCAAUGCUCGCCUAUUAUCUAUCUCCUCUGAUGGAACGUUCCCAACACAAUGGCAGAGUGUUGAUCUACCACAAGUUGAGGUUCUAGUUUUGAAUUUUAAGACGGUGAACAAUGCCUUACCUGAAUUUGUGCGGAAAAUUGACAAACUGAAGGUUCUAAUAGUCACAAACUAUGGUUCAUUGCCUACUGAAUUGAAUAAUUUUGAUCUUCUGGAAUCAUUAUCAAAUCUGAAGAGAAUCAGAUUAGAGCGCAUUUCAAUUCAUUCCAUAACCAAGAACUUCGUACCAUUGAAGAGUCUAAAGAAGAUAUCUUUAUUCAUGUGUAACAUGGGUCAAGCUUUCCACAAUUGUUCCAUCAAAAUUUCAGAUGCCUGGCCAGUUCUAGAGGAAAUGAAUAUCGACUAUUGCCAUGAUUUGGUGGAACUGCCUGCCGAGCUCUGUGAUCUUGCUCAUGUGAAGGUGCUUAGUAUCACCAACUGCCAUAAGCUAUCUGCCUUGCCUGAAGAGAUCGGAAAGCUGGAGAAUUUGGAUGUACUGAGACUAAGGUCCUGUACAGACUUGAUAAGGCUUCCGGUCUCGAUUGAGAACCUCACUAAGUUGUGCAGUCUUGACAUGUAUAAUUGUUUCGGCAUUAGGAAGUUGCCUGAAGACAUUGGUAAUAUGAGCGGUUUAAGAAGGAUCAACAUGGGACAAUGCUCAGGAUUGAAAGAGUUGCCUCUAUCAGCGUGGGAUCUAACCGAGCAGUUAGAGGAAGUUAUUUGUGAUGAAGACAAUAAACAUUUGUGGGAAUCCUUCUUAGACAGACACAAAAUCAAGGUGGCAAAAGAAAACCAAUCUGAAUUGGCUCAAAAAUCCUCAGUUAUGAGAACCGUCUUUCGUGAUUUCGUUCUUGCUUCUGUCCAAUUUCUAUGUUUCAUCAUAUGAGCUUGUAAUACUCUUUAUUUCAAACUCUCUUGAGUCUUGAGAUAUUUUGUGUUGUUUUUUUUUUUUUUUUUUGGUGUAUCAUGUUCUUGUUUUACACAAUAUAAAUAAUGAUAUAUGAAACAAAAUGUGUUUUAACUGCAUCUUAUAUGUUAUUUAUGCAUUUGGUUAUAUAAGUUGUUUUUUUUUUUGGUUGCUUACUUUGGUCAAGAUGAUUAUCUAAAUUAUGAUGUACCGUAUUGUCAAAUUAUGAUCAGUAGUGUGCUCGACCGCUAGUGAGUUACUGCAACGUAGAAAUAAUGGUUAAAUAGGCCAAAACAAUCAGGGACUCUUAGCGGGCGCCGCCGGUUUGCUCGGUCUCGGCCCUCCCUCAGGAGUAAUCUGCCUUGAAAUACAACCGGUUCUUCUCCUACUGCCUCUCCUCCAAAUCCAGCGGCACUGGAUACCUCAGCUUCGGCAAAGGCGGCGGAUCUUCCAACGCUGUGAAAUUCACACCCCUCGCCGACGUCUCCCAAGGCGUGAAAUUUACACAGGCCUUCAGCAAUGACCUGGAGGAUGGCAGGUGGCUCGAGCUCUUCGAACGUGUUGACGAUGAUUUCUUUGGAUUUGGGAAGAUAUGAGAAAAAGGAGAGGAAGUCCCAAUAAGCAGGGUUGUCUCGGUCGAGCACCGGCUCGAUCAUGUGUAUAGCCUUCAGAGGAGAUUUCCGUCCGGGGAAUUCCAAAAUGGUGUCGGUGAGGUCCUUUGAACUCUGGGUGGUUUGUUCAUGGAUCUUAGGGAAAUACAAAAAAGCAGCCAGAGCUGCGGCCCAGAAGAGGUCGAUGAUGAAGGCGCAGACGACGGGUGAAACGGAAAAAAAAAAAAAAAAAAAAAAAAUUGUUAACGGGUGAAAGGGAUGAUCUGUUUGCUUAACGGGUUAGGAUUGGAUAACCCGUUAAAUUAACUGAUCAGAUGAAUCCCGAUCCAAACCCAAUAAACCCAACCCAUUUACACGUCUACUUGAUAUACAAAUGGAUAAUCGUGAUUAAUUUUUGGGUUUAAUUUAGCUGUUGAUGAUUGUGGAUGAGUUGUGAAACUUCUUUUCUAUUAUGUGAUUUGUGCCUGUUAUGUUUUUCUUAUCUUGAUUAUAUUUGAUUGAGGUCAUGAUGAUUUAUGGGUAUUUAUUAAAUAUGAUACAGGUCUGAGCAUUCUGGUUAGCAGGCCCGCUUAGUUGAAUCAGCUAAGUUUCAUGUCUGACAUCGACGUACAGCUUCCCACUGCCUUUGGUAUGUUUUCUGUUAAUUCAUAACUCAUUUGAGUGUGUUUGUGCACUUGAAUGCAUGCCUGUGUACCUAGAUGCCCGAGAGAUCAUUUUUUAAAUUGAAUUCAAUUGGAUAAGUUUUUUAAUUGAAAACCUGGAUACCCAGAUGCUCCAAAGAUCAUUUCAGUCAUCGAUACAGUACUGUGGUAAUUUAGUAGAUGUGCAGUUUGAGAACUGGUGUCAUGCUAAAAUGUUGGGCCUCUUUCUUUUAAAUUUUUCUGCGUACCGAGUGUAAACAUAGUUGAUAAUGUUGUUGUUUACAAUUCCCUGUCAGUAGACAGAACCUAGGGAAAGAGUGAAAGAGUAUGCAGGUAUUUCCUCUGUUUUGCGUGAGUCUCAAUUGCCCAGUGCAUCUAUAUUUGAUAAUAAAAUUUAAUACAUAAUUUGAAUGGAUCAAAGAUUUUUUAUUGUUGAAAUGUUUGACUGAAGCUUUUAGACUCAAUCAAAUAACCGUUUAUAAGAGAUUAAGACACAUGUAGGACCUAUUGUAAAAGAAAAAUAAACAAAGGUGAAAUCAUUGCUACAACCAUAAUUUGGUUUUGUCAUUUAUAGAUCAUAUUCCUUGAUAAUUAUCAAAUAAAAUUUAAUUUUGACAUGUCUACCACUUGAAUUGUGCGGAAAUGUCUUAAAUCUUUCACUUUUAUACUGCUACUCCAAUGUUUUCUAAUGUAGAUCCAUGUGGCGUUUAGGAAACCAGAGAUUAUGAGGUUUGAAUAUUUUCCAUUUUUAGCUUAGUUUUGGGUAGGGAAUUUUGAUGAAUUUAUGUUUUUUUCCUCUUUUUCGGUGUUUUCAGGCGGCUGGAGCUGAAUAUGGAGAAGGUUUUGAGACUUCUAGACCUAUUGGACCUCUCAAGGUUUAUGUUACUGCAAGGAGAUUUUCAUAAACUGAUAUGAUAUGCCAUGAAACUGGAUGAAGCGUAUGGUCUUAUAUUCUCUUUUGACAAUUUCGUGACAAAACCAUUGGGAUGACAACCUUGCAUUUACGUUCUUUCGAAGCAAUCCAUAUGUCCAUAUUGAAGAACGAGCAAGCCACUUUCUUGGAGGAUUUGAAGGAUCACGAUUCACAUUGAUGAUUUUGUUAUGCUACUUGCUUCAAGACCACCGUGCAAAAGUUCUUUGGAAUGUCAAGGAGUUGUCGCGGAGAUGAGCAAUGAUACCAAGGAAGUUGGAGCGAAUUACCUUUGUAAAAUAACAAAAUAAGAAUUUUUUUGCAGCAAAUAAACAUCUUUCCUAUCCUGA